GAACGACCAAAGAGAACCUGGGACCGUACGGAUAUACGUACACUCGUACAUGUCCCUCGUGCCAACUCUUCCAGGGUAUCGGGCACCGUCACACAAUGUCUUAGUGCCAGUGGUCACGCACUAUGAUGGAUCCUUGAUUCAGAAAUUGAGCCAUGUUCGUCGUUGAUCUCGGCUUGAUCUUGUCGCUGUUUUUCAUCGCUCUCUAUGUCUACUUUUUCUUCAUAUAUGAGUAGGAGUGGAAACCAGCGUUCGGAAGAUCGUGAUGUCAAAUAUUAUGAAGUUACCAGAAUGUGUGAAAUUCAACCCGACUGUUUGGAACUCGACGCCGUUCACCGAAAAUUUUCUCUACGAGAUUCCUGGCAGGAGGAAUUAUGUACUCGAAGACGACGACUGCAAAAUUGCGCUGAUCAAUCUCUUCACCUGUCUCGAUAUGUGUACAAUAGGAUCACGGCUCCACAUGUCCCUCAGGCCGCUUAUCUCACCACUGGUUGCCUUACUUGCUACGAACAUACGAGAUUCGGAACGAGUGCCUCUAGUGGAAUCUUCAAAAGAAGAGGAAUUCGCGCACGACCCCAUCGCGUAUCGAAAAUUUGAGAGACCAAUUUCGAAGUGGAACGAAGUCUCAGAAGAAAUCCGUAAUGCGAUUCGAAGCGUGGAAAAUUUUGAAGUGAUCGCCCCCUCGAUCGCGUGGGCCAUCGUGCGCUUCUUCGGAGCUGGAAUCGCAAUCACAGACACAGUCGAGCUCGAGCUCGAACGCUGGACGCGGAGUGGACUUUCCAUACCGUUUCCCCGAGGCUGUGUUGCCUUUCUCCACAAGACACUCCCCCAGUUGAAAGAUUUCUCCCUCAUGCCUGAAGAUAUAACUUCUUUGGUGAAAGCCGUUGCUGUCUUCUACAAGAGUCACGCUACGGAGCCUGAAAACUCCGAAAACGUCUCAAUCAAGAAGCAGCUAUCGAUUUUCACGAGAUGUCUCAUCGCGGAAGGUCUCGGGCCGUGGAUUCCCUUUGACGAAAUCGCUUCUGGAAAUCCACUCCGACAAUCAGCGCUGAUGGCGGCCUUACAGAGUUUCAGCGAAAAUCCGGAACUGGUUCAGAGUGUCGCGAAUUUGUCCCGCUUCCAUGAAAAUAUGGCCAAGCGAUUCGAUGGCUUCCAAAUACAGAGUCAUCAUGUUUACUCGGUGUACAGGAGUCAGAUGUUAGCUUACAUGAAUAAUAGACACGGUGGGAACUCCAAGCUGACCGCUGAAAUCUACAAGGUAAAGAAUGCUCUAUUCCGGGCGCGCAGUUUCGAGACGUUGGACGGGGAGCUCCGUGAUAGUGAUAAGGAUCCUGCUUUGGGUAGAGCCGAUGCUCUUCUUGUGGCUAAAAAUUAUCUUGAGUCUCUGCCUCUAGACGACAGACUCAGCUACUUCGAGGCUGCAGAGAACGCGUCCCACCUGGGGCAAGAGGCCAGUACGCGUCUCGAUUUCCGAGAUUCGCCCCGACCUCGACAAGAGGUCGAGGGCAGGGUAGUUGUUCAUUGA